AUGACGAUUUACGGGAUCGGAGGCGUGUCUGGCACGGGAAAAACCCACUUCCGCACCAGCUGCGAGGGUUUCCGAGACGUCCGCGUGUUGGACAUUGCCGACGUGUACGAGGAGUCCUUGGCGCAGGGCCACCCAGACAUGCACUGGAGAACGGCGCUCCAGGUCUUCCAGGGGAGGGUCCGGGGAUGGUUAGAGGAGGAUCGAUCGAGCGACAUCGUGUUGGAAGCGUUUUUCAGGCCUGAUGGCGCGCAGCGGCAGGCGAUCGAGGCUAUCGCCCGUGGCUUCGGGGUCGACGUAAUAUGGGGCUGGGCGUGGGCGCCGCGGGCGGACUGCCUUUCCCGGGUAUCGAACGAACGAGGCGGCCACGAUUCGUCGGAAAGAAGACAAAAGCGCCUCAGCUUUAUCAAAACCGCAGAGAGUUCGUUCUUCCGUGAGAGACCAGAAGAGAGCUUGGCGAGCCUUGCGACCAGAGCUCCGACCCGUCAAACGUAG